AUGAAGAACCCAGAAGCCCAACAGGAUGUUUCGGUUUCCCAGGGAAUUCGCAUGAUGUUUUACAUGAUGAAGCCCAAUGAAACGUCAUUUGAAACCCUGGAAGAGGUGCCUGAUUAUGUACAAAAGGCAACUCCAUUUUUCAUUUCCUUGAUACUACUUGAACUGGUUGUCAGCUGGAUUCACAAAGGGAAGCCAUCGGGUCCUUUGGAUGAUGCCUUAACAUCGAUGUCAGCCGGUGUUCUGUCUCGGCUUCCGGGUUUGUUUUUCAGGAGCAUUGAACUGACCAGUUACAUUUAUAUCUGGGAGAACUACAGGCUCAUCAGUUUGCCUUGGGAUUCUCCAUGGACUUGGUAUUUAACUUUCUUGGGAGUUGACUUUGGUUACUACUGGUUUCAUCGUAUGGCUCAUGAGGUUAAUAUUAUGUGGGCUGCACACCAAACACACCACAGUUCAGAAGACUAUAACUUAUCCACAGCGCUGAGACAAUCUGUCUUCCAACUGUACACUUCCUGGAUAUUCUACUCUCCACUGGCCCUCUUCAUACCACCUUCAGUCUAUGCUGUUCAUCUUCAGUUCAAUCUCCUCUACCAGUUUUGGAUCCACACAAAGGUCAUCGAUAACCUUGGUCCUUUGGAACUGAUUCUUAAUACUCCUAGCCAUCAUAGGGUUCAUCAUGGCAGAAAUCGUUAUUGCGUAGACAAAAAUUUUGCCGGAACUCUUAUUAUAUGGGAUAGAAUUUUUGGAACAUUUGAGGCAGAAAAGGAAAAAGUUGUAUAUGGUCUAACACAUCCCAUUAAUUCAUUUGAACCUUUCAAGGUGCAGUUCCACCAUUUACUUACCAUAUGGACUACAUUCUGGGCCACACCUGGAUUCUUCAAUAAGUUUUCUGUCCUAUUUAAAGGACCAGGAUGGGGUCCAGGUAAACCAAGACUUGGACUGAAUGAAGAAAUCCCAGAGGUCAAGGGGAAAGAAGUUCCCUUCUCAUCAUCAGCAUCUCGGCUGUUACAGACAUAUGCAGUUGUACAGUUUGCUCUGUUACUAACAUUUUAUGAAGAUACCUAUACAGAUAAAGCUGCACUAUCACAGGUCACUCUCCUUCUGAGGGCUUGCUUCAUUAUCCUGACCUUGACCUCCAUUGGAUUUCUUCUGGAUCAAAGACCUAAGGCAGCUGUUCUGGAAACUUUCCGUUGCUUGGUGUUCCUAAUGCUGUGUAGAUUGGGUCAUCUGAAGCCUUUCAUCCCUUCUUUGUCAUUUGCUUUUGAGAUUUUUUUUUCCAUCUGCAUUGCUUUCUGGGGAGUAAGAAGCAUGAAACAACUUGUCUCAGACCCUUGGAAAUGA